AUGGAUGCCUACAAUCAAACCACAGUGACUCAUUUUAUCCUCAUAGGGCUUUCUGAUCGCCCAGAGGUGUGCCACCCUCUCUUUGUGGUCUUUAGCAUCAUCUAUCAGGUCACUGUGGGGGGAAAUGGAGGUAUUCUCUUGGCCAUUGGAACUGAGAAAAAACUGCAUACACCCAUGUAUUACUUUUUGGCAAAUUUGUCCCUCUUAGACAUCUUCUGCCCAUCAGUUACUGUCCCCAACAUGCUGGAGAAACUCUUGACUGAGAAGCACAGUAUUUCCUUCACUGGAUGUGCUUUGCAACUUUAUUUUCUGGUGGGCCUUGUGGGGACUGAAGUCUUCCUUCUCUCUGUCAUGGCUUAUGACAGGUAUGUGGCCAUCUGUUUCCCUCUUCUUUACACCCUCAUCAUUACCAAGGUUCGCUGUGUUCAACUAACUGCUGGGACCUGGACAGCAGGAUUUCUCAAUUCCCUCCUUCAUACAGUAUCUAUGUUCCACCUUUCUUUCUGCAAGUCCAACCAAGUUAACCAGUACUACUGUGACAUCCCACCAGUGCUGGUCCUCUCAUGCUCAUCCACUUAUGUGGCAGAAAUGCUUAUUUUAGUGGAAGGAGGUAUCUUGGGGAUCAGCUCCUUUUUGGUUACUUUUAUCUCAUACUUCUACAUUGUAUCUACAUUCCUAAGGAUUCAGUCCACAGGUGGGAAGCAUAAAGCCUUUUCCACAUGUCCUUCCCACCUUCUGGUGGUUUGUUUAUUUGGUGGCACGACAGUAUUUACCUAUGUAUGCCCCUAUUCCAGUCAACACUUCCCAGCAAGAGACAGACUCAUCUCCAUGUUAUAUGGAAUUAUUACUCCAAUGUUAAACCCCAUGAUCUACAGCUUGAGAAAUACAGAAGUGAAAGGAGCACUCAGAAGGGUCUUAUGUCAUAGAGUAUAUUCACUGCAAGUAUAA